GGCCGGCUGUCUUGGGUUCGCUGGCCUGGGUGAGCGAGCGCUGAGCAUCGAGCCGCAGUGUGAGCGAGACCAUGGUGCAGGUGGGAUAUGCGACACCGCGCCUCUGGCAGUGACUCCAGCGUGGCAUUUAAAUCUCCCUACAUCUCCGGCAGCAUGAGUGAUAAUAAAGGAGAGGGAAUUAGUGAGAUAGACAGCCACAUCAGUAGGAAAUAUGAAAUACGACGCAGGAUUGGCAAGGGCGCGUACGGUAUUGUGUGGAAGGCGAUCGACAGGCGGACAGGAGACGUGGUGGCCGUGAAGAAGAUAUUUGAUGCCUUCAGGAACGAGACGGACGCGCAGAGAACCUUUCGUGAGAUCGUGUUUCUGCUGGAGUUCUCUUCGCAUCCCAACAUCAUCAGGCUUCUCAAUGUUCUCCGCGCCGAUAACAACAAAGACAUCUACCUCGUGUUUCAGUUCAUGGAGACGGACCUGCACAACGUGAUCAAGAAAGGCAACGUCCUUGAGGACAUCCACAGGCGGUAUAUCAUGUACCAGCUGUUCAGGGCGGCCCGGUACCUCCACUCCGGCUCCGUCAUUCAUCGAGACCUCAAGCCAUCCAACUUGCUGGUGGAUAGCGACUGCCGAGUGAAGGUGGCGGACUUUGGCCUGGCUCGCUCUGUGGAACCGUGCGCCCAUGUGGAGCCUCAGGGGGACCCGACCCUCACCAACUACGUGGCCACCAGAUGGUAUCGCGCCCCAGAGAUACUUCUGAACUCAAAGAGGUACACGCUGGGGGUGGACAUGUGGAGUCUCGGCUGCAUCCUUGGGGAGAUGUUACUGGGCAAGCCAAUGUUCCCUGGGUCCUCCACCAUUGACCAGAUAGAGAGGAUCAUGGCAGUCAUCCCUCCCCCAAACAGAGACGACCUCCACCAAGUGUCCUCUCAGUAUGCCUCCUCGCUGCUCAACAAGCCCCACAGCACCAGGACGCCCAAGACACUGAGGGACCUGCUGGUGGGUGCUCCUCCUGAUGCCAUUGACCUCCUGGAGAAGCUGAUGGUGUUCAACCCUGACAAGCGACUCACAGCUGAACAAGCACUGAGGCAUCCCUAUGUAGCCAGGUUCCACAACGCGGCCAACGAGCCGUGCCUGGCGAGGGCAGUGGUGCCAUGCCUGCGGGAUGACGUGCAGCUCAGUGUUGACAUCUACCGCAACAAGCUGUAUGAACUCAUCGCCUCACGCAAGACUCGCCUCCGCACCUCCACCAGCGGCGAGCGUCUGGUAGAAAGUGGUGGCACAAGAGGCACAACGCACAGCACCUCCAGCCAGGGCAGGCGGGCAAGCCAGGCGUCCACCCAACCCAGCACAGGCCCGGCAAAUGGCAACACCAACAACAACAACAGUAGCAGUCAGUCUGGCCAGCCCAUCAAGGUGAAGGUGGUAUCCAGGAAGGUGGAGCGGCCAGCAGUGGUCAGGGUGGAGGAAGGCAGCCGACGAUCCUCCAAGGACAGUGACAAGUCCUCUGCCAAGUCCAGCAGCAGCUCUAGUCCAGGAAGCAGUGGCCGCCACAAGUCCAUAUCACCACCGCUGUCCCGCCCCGACCACCACCAGCAUGCCCAGCGACCCCAUCACCACUCAGAGGCGCACAGCAACCUGGGACAGCGCCAUCGUAGCCUGGAGGGGUUCAGCAAUGCAGGGAUGGGGCCGGUGGCACGGUCCGGUGGUGUGACGGUAACUCUGGCAACGGGUGGGGGAGGCACAAGCUCAGGUGAGAAGCGCGGACCAUUCGCUCGCUCUGUGUCUCUCACCUUCCCUGCUGCUAGCGAGGGGUCACCCACCAAGGUUGUCACUAGUUAUAACAGACAAACAGCGAUACAGAAGACAAGUCCCAAUAAAAAGUCUCCCCAGGCAGCGUCCCCAGUGAGCGGGGGGCAGAGAGGGGGAGGCACCAUCACCACUAGCAUUGGUGUGGGGGGGUACACUCGCUCCCCCACCAAGUACCCCUCCAGCACCAACACCUCCAGCACCCCCUAUACCAACAAGGCUGCCUCGCACCCUCUCUUUGCCACCUACUCCCAGCACGCCACAAUCUCAUCCACAGCCUACAGGGAACUGCGGCAAGGUGUCAAGUGAUCAGAGGCGGUGUGAGGUGUCUCUUGUUCCGCUGCCUUAUACUCAUACUGUCUCCUCAUUGUUUCAUAUAUCCAUGUCUUGUCUCCCAGUGUCUCAUGUUCAUCCUCCUCACUUUGCUUUUCCUUGUGCUCAGUUUUGUUUUCUUUCCUUUUAAUUUCUUGUUCUUAUCCAUCUUCUUGUUUCCCAGUGCUGUCUUUUUCUUCUGUUUUGUUUCGUUCUCUUUUCCUUUCUUUUAAUUUCUCGUCCUUAUCCAUCCUCUUGUCUCCCAGUGUUGCAUCUUGACCUUCUCACUUUUUUUCUUCUUCUGCUGUUUUGUUUUAUGUUUUCUUAUCCCUGUCUUCCUCCUCUCUCACACACAUUCCUAAUCGAGGCAUUUUUUUCAUUUCAUAUAGCUCCUUGUAAGUGUCCUAAACACACACACACACACACACACACACACACACACACACACACACACACACACACACACACACAGAAACACAGUUCUAAGAUGCACCUGUAAUCUUAACUACUAGUAUUAGCAUUUGUACAGUCAGUUCUCUACUUUAUAUACUCAAGGAGUGUAAAGGUGCAACUCAUAGCAGCCCAGGAGAUGCACUUGCCUCCCUCUCUCUCAGGCAUCCUCAGCCAUCCACUUCUCACCACACAUAGCUCAGUGCAUUACCUACUUGCAGCUUGAUACUGAUUAUGUCUAUACUUGUAAAUACUUACUUAUGUAUACUAGUAGAUUUUUGUAAUAAGAGAGCUGGUCCACUCACUCCAUUCCUCGUUUGUACAAUGUUCUUAGUUCUGUAGUGAGAGGAUGAAGGGAUGAUGAAGAAAUGAUGCAAGGGUUUUUUUUUUCCUGUGCCAUAGAAGAAGACAUCCACAUUAGUGAUAAUUUAUUUCUCAGCUAGUCCACUUGUCAGCACCAUUGUAGCAUUCAUAAUUACUAUUGUUAUUAUUAUCAUUAUUAUUAUCAUUUUAUUGUUAUCAUUAUUUUUCUAUUUUGUAGAGGGUCAAGUUUGUCAUUCUGAUGCACCAUACAUUCCAUCCCCCCCACCCCACCACACACACACACACACACACACACACACACACACACACACAGUUAGGUGAAGUGGUCAGACGCACAUUGCAUUACAAGACUCCUUAUCAGGGCUUAAUUUUAAACACUGUUGCUGGGAUACAGGUAGUGAAACACUCCCAUGAGGCCUCCAACAGUGUAUAUUUUUCUAAAUACUUACCUGCUACUCUCCAUACACAAGUCUGUAGUGUAGUGCAAAGUUGUGAUAUCAUGCAUUUCUUAUAUUGAUCUGUCUAGAAUUGUGUGCCCCAGUUGUGUAUGUGAUAGAUCUGCCUGUCUCAGUGGCAUCACUUGGCACCAUCAGGCUCUGUUCACACUGGACAGGUUCAGACAUGCAUUAACAAGGACAGUGACAUAGUAUGGAGGGCAUUCACACUCCACCACUGAGGAGAAUCUGUAGUAAUAUGUGUACACCCCCCGACACACUGCCUUUGUCUUUACUAAUGGUAGUUGUGUCUCUCUCUACAACACUCCGUCACCUGACUCAGCGCUGCCAUCCGUCAGCACACAGGGGAAGUGAACACAAUCAUUGACAUUCACUAGUUGAUAACUAAACAGUCAUAUUGCCUCAGUCACCAGAAUAUUUUUUGUUUACAUGUUUCAAAUGGUAUAUUUUCCCUCAUGUAUUGUUCAUCAAAUUGUAAUGCAUUCUGUCAGAGAAUGAAACACUUUGCUGCUAAAAAUGUUCUUAAGAAUCAUUAUAUGUACAUUUUGACAGGUAUUUCAGGAAAACAUGUAAAUAUGUAACAAGUUAUUUUAAUAAGUGAUGACUGGUGUAGAAUGCAAUGAGUGGGUUUGUGUGACUUGGUGAUCAGAGGCAAGGAAUACCAGCCUAUCUGCCAUCCAUCCAUCCAUCCAUCCAUCCAUCCUGCCAUCCAUCCAUCUGUCCAUGAGAGCUAAGAGUUGGGUGUUCCUCAUACUCCAUUACCUAUUUUAAUGUUGCCCCCUUCCAUGCACACUCAAGAAUGUUUCAUUGAUUCCAUUUUUUUUUUGCUGGAAAGACAUAAUUUUAGCCUCAAUACUUCAAUGGAAAACAGUCACUGUAUGUGUUAUUCUCUUGUAAAUCUUGACAUGUUCAUGUGUCAAAUUAUCAAUUUACUAUUAGGUAUAUUUUAUCCAUAAUUUUAAGAGGCAUUAAAAUUUAUCCUCCAGUGUGGCAUCUGAUAGACAUGUGGAUCAGGAAAAGACAGUUAUUGAGUAGCCUGGUAAGGAUUAAUAACACAAUGCAGUACAUUACACAUAUUAUGUGCCUUUGCCAAUAGAAGCCUUAACAGACCACAUCCCUCCAUCAGCCCUGGCCAGGCCUCCUUGCCAGUCACUCUGAUAAUGUGCAGAUUUCAUUAGGUUUCCAUAGUUGUUACAGGAUGAGGAGGCAAGAAGCAGGAUGUUGUAAUCAAAACAGAUAUGUCACUGAUCUCUUUUUAUUAUUUUUGUGAAACAGCGCUGCAUUAUGAUGCCAUUGUUGUGGUGCCUUAAGUCAAUCAGCCUGUUGUCAGCCACAGCAGUGCCAUACAAUCUCUGUGUUGUGGUGCCUUAAUUCAAUCAAUCAGCGUGUUGUCAGCCACAACAGUGCCAUAUGACCCCUUUGUUGUGGUGCCUUACGUCAAUCAGUGUGUCAUUUGUUCCACAGUGUCAUGGAGCGUCCCAGCACAGGUACAGCUGCUGCAUAACAUCCCGUGUAUGAGUGCUUAGUUGCUUCACAGAGAUGGGAUGCUAAGAGAUAACUUUAUUAAUGCAGCACCAUCCACCAGCUUCACCAGUUCAUAAAAGUUAAUGUCAAGAGAAUUCAACACAUUUUUUAAGUCACUGUAUACAAACAAAGGAUGAUGACCCUCGCCACUUCACAAAAGUUUAUAUCAAAGGAAGCCACUUGAAGCCUUGGAGAGUAGCUUGUGCUCUCUGCCAUUGUGAAGGCACAGCCAGGCACAACUCUCAGGCCUUUCUUCUUAUUCCACAUUAAUGUUUUGUUGGAGUGGAAGUGUGGGAGGAAAACAAUGUGUAUGUGUGUAUCAGUAACUGAGUGAUGUUGUGUCAGGAAUUAGAAUCUCUGUGAAAGGAAGAGGACAAGUCUGGAGUCAUUCCAUGUUAGUUUUUUCAUUUAUUUAUCUUAUAUGUUUGUCUUUUUGUACGUGUGAAGGAAACUGGCACAAGGAAAUGAAAGAGAAAAGAAGAAAAGCUCACUCACUUGCCAUGACCCGUAAAACAAGUAUGUUGGCUUAUUUAGUCACACAGGUGUCUUGAUGUUCCUUUUUAUUAAACAGUUCAAGUUGUUGGAUGUAGAAAAAAACAGAAACAGGCACAGAGUUCAGAGUUUGCCAGUGAGUUCCAGAGUUUAACAGUUUACAAUGGCUUGGUCUUUGUAGCAAGUGAUUAAGAGUGGGAAGGAAAGUCAUGAUAUUUGUGUACCAAUGGCUUGACACAGUAAACCCUUGAUGUAGUCAAUAUCAGAUAUAAUGAACCCUUUAAGCGUUUGAAACAAGCCUCGCAUUUAAUGAACUCCAGGUCACCAUAAGCUGCUGGAGUUUACCAAGUGUGUACCAGGAAGUGGCUCAAAUCUGAAGAGUGCACCUGCUGCAUGAGACUGCUACAACCACCUACAGAAUUUCAAGGAUUAUUAUUCACAGGUACAGACACAAUUAAUUAUUCCCUUGAAGAAUAUUGCUUGUACAGCCAUUGUGCAAUAUAACACACCACUCAUUUGUAUUACCAUGCUGAACUGUACUGUAUUGCCUAAUGACGCCUUAUAUAGUGACUUGGGUUUGCUGAAAAAAGGUCUCACUGUAAGAACUUUUGAAUGUAGCAACCAAACCGUUUGUUAUAUCGAGGGUUUACUGUGAUACAAGAGUCUGUAUAGGAAAAGGAGACAAGGGAUUUAAAGGAAGGUGUUUUUGACAUGCAUUUUUGGUCUGGUUUGGUUAGAAUGAUCAGUCCUGAUUUGGUGCAUGACAGAAGGUCUUUCAUAUAGUUCUUAAGGCCCUGCUUGGGGGUGGGAGGGAAGGUAGUACUUAGGUAAGUAGGUAGGUGUGCCAUACAACGCUAAUGGCUGACUUUUGCACUUUAGCUGUGAUAUAUGAGUGUAUGUAUGUUUGCAUAUUAUGAUUUUCUAAUUACUAUUAUAUUAUUAUUUUUAUUAUUUUUAUUACUACUGCAACUAUUACUGUACUACUACUACUACUACUAUUACUACUACUACUACUACUACUACUACUACUACUACUACUACCACUACUACUACUACUACUACUACUGUAUUUACAAUUAUUUUUAUUUUUGUAUUUGUUUCCCUACAGUGUCAGAGUCCAGCAUGUAGAGCUCUGAGCAAGAAGUGUUACUUAACAUGCAGUGUUUGUGCAAUGGUACUGAUCUCAAGCUUCUAUGCCAAUUCCGUUGGUGUGCAGGUCAUGUAACAUAAUAAUUUGUUGCGGUAUAAGUGAAGUACUACGUAACUUUUGACUCUAUUGCCGUGUUCAUGCACAUUAUUGUCUAUCCAGUAUUUAUUCCGAUCUCAGAAGAGUUUCCUUGUGUGAUCCAAGACAUAUCCUGAAUAAACAUAAACAAACUACUGGUAUAGAUUCAUUAUCCAUCUAGCUUUGGUUGAGGUAGUUCAUGCAUCUCAAUCAACUGCAUGGUUCCAUCCAAUGUCUGAUUUCAACAAGGUUUUCCUUAACACAAAGGAAGCAUGUGAGUAAAUAGAAGUUUGUUAUGUAAAUUGUUAGAUGGUAUGUUUGUGGUGGUGGUUAAAAUAAUAUCAUGUAUGAGAACGCACUUGUCAUGUGCCAUUGAGGGGAAAGAGACAAUGUGAGCUGGACACAGUUGAGUGACCCUGCAUGUGGAGAACUUAGACAUGAAGCUUAUAAGUGAGGAAAGCCAGGUUUGGUCAUUAAUGCAGAGGCUGUUGAUGAGGAAGGAACUUAAUAAAAGGAGACAAUGGCAAGGGAACAAAAGUGAUAGACAAGACCAGUUCCCUCUAUAAGUUAGAUCCCUUCAUUGACAAAAAUGGUAUCAUGAGAGUAGGAGGAAGAUUGAGGCUUUCUAAUCUGACAGAUGAAUCCAAACAUCCAGUCAUCCUCCCCAAAACAUCACACAUAACCCAGCUGACAAUAUGCCACCAUCACAAAAGGACAAAUCAUCAAGGCAGGGGCAUAACUUUAAAUGAAAUCAGGUCAUGUGGAUACUGGAUAGUAGGAGGAUCAUCCCUAGUAUCAAGGCACAUUUCAGAGCGCAUUAUCUGUCGUAAAGUUAGGAGUACAACACAGGGACAGAAGAUGGCAGACCUGCCUAUUGACAGACUAGAACCAUCACCUCCUUUUACAUACCCAGCAGUAGAUUUCUUUGGCCCUUUCUAUGUCAAAGAAGGGCGUAAAGAGCUUAAAAGAUAUGGAGUGCUCUUUACUUGCAUGUCAUGUAGAGCUGUGCACAUAGAGACAGCCAACAGCAUGGAUACAAGUUCCUUCCUAAGUGCACAUCGUCGCUUUGUAGGAAGAAGAGGGCCUGUAAGACAGUUGAGAUGUGACCAAGGAACUAAAUUUGUAGGAGCCAAAUCAGAGUAUGCUUUUUAUUUUUAUGGAAGACUUAUGUGAAUUGAAAUACGCUCAGUUAUUUGUACAUCAGUGCUUCCCAGACUUCUCCAGCACGUGUUCCCACACAUUGGUAAGCCUUCUAAGCACAUACUAGUUUACAUUGGCGCAGAUAUAUUAAAAAGAUUAAUCACAAAAGACUAAUUAAAAACAUAUAUUCAGUACAUGCAGGUAAGCUCUCCUUGACACACAGAGAAAGGCUGGUAAUUCUCUGUUGAUUAUUAGCUACAGUAUGAGAGCCUCUGUUAUACAUCGAUAUCUCUGUGAAGUAUUGUUGUUUUUUUUUUUUUACGUAAAAUGGUAAAUACUUAAUAAUGAUAAGCUAAGAUAUAACACAGUAUUAAGCCAAGCCUUCAAUUCACACAAGCUUUUCAAUGAUUUCACAUUACGCUACACAAGGGACGAGACAUUGCAGUGUAAGUCCCGCCAGGACCAGUUUGAAUUUGGCGCUUCAAUCAGUAACGUCUAGAUACUUUGACAUUUACAGUUAUAAUGGCCUGAGAUUUAUUUUUACACGCUUAUAAUUCUUUAUAUUUAAUUUUCUAUUAGUUUAGUAUAAUAUAAAAGAAGUUGGUGCUUGUUAUUGAAAGCUAAAAGUGUUUGGGUGCGUACUGUGCGGAGCAGGCUGGGAGGGACGACAUAGUACAUAAGACAAGCAAGGCGUUGUGUUCAAAGGGUGAUAUAAACUGCUGCUUUAUUUAAUGUGGGACGACACAGCACCAUACGUCAGACACCAAGACAUUGUGUUCAAAGGGUGCAAUAAACUGCUGCUUUAUUUAAUGUAUUUUCGCAAAACAAGACAGUGACAGGGGCCGUGGCUUCCUGCGUGUGCUGGUUCAAGCUUGGUGCCUGCCGGGAGGUGCCUACAGGGCCACCAAGGCUAAUAUUGAUACAAAUGUAGAGGGACGAAAUAGGGAAGCAGGAAGACCACCACCACCACCACCAUCACCACCAGCAGUGUGGAAGAAAGUUUAGAGCAAUGGCAACCCUCCGAUCCGGCAAGCAGGUUGGCGGCAGCGAUGGCGGUGGCGGCGGCAUUGGUGGUGAGGUGGACGGCAGGGACAGAGGGGCAGUACAGGCUGUGGACAUCAAGGAGAAGAGGAACACACGGACAAGCAAGGUGUUAUUCGGCAGUCUGAUCCUGGACCUGCUCGGCUUGAAGGUGGUGCUGCCCGUGUCUCCUGCUCUCCUCGACUGUUACUCCAAGCACAACACCAGCGGCUUGUAUUCCUCUCAGCUCUCCUGUGUGACUUAUUACCAGCAUAUCAUCGGUUUCGCUGCGAGGUUCCAUUCUGUCUUGUUUGGUAAUUAAGUGGGUUUGUUGUGUUUUGUAUUGGUUUAUAUAUUUUUAGCUUGUUUUUAUUAUUAUUUUUUCAAUUUUUUUAUCCUAUUAUCUAUUUAUUUAUUUUUUGUUUGUUUGUUUGUUUACAGGGUGUGUGUGUGUGUUUGUUUGUGUUCCUGCUGUUCAAUAUUGCAGCUUGUUUUCUUUAUUAUUGUUAUUUUGUGUUUUAUUCUAUUUCAGUGUUCUGAGGGAGUCUUCAGGUGUUUUUGGGGUGUUUUGGGGUGUUUUUGGUGUGUUGUGAAGUGUUUUGAUGUGUUUUGGGGUGGUUAAGGGGUGUUUUGAAGUGUUUUGUGGUGUUGUGGAGGUGUUUUGGGAUUUUUGGUGUGUUUUAAAGUGUUUUGGGAUGUUUUUGGAAUGUUUUGAUGUGUUUUGAGAUGUUUAGGAGUAUUUUUGGAGUAUUUUGGUAUGUUUUUGGAGUGUUUUGAAGGUGUUUUGGUGUGUUUUUGGAGUGUUUUGGGGUAUUUUGGGAUGUUUUGGUGUGUUUUGGGUUAUUUUGAGAGUGUUUUGGUGUGUUUUUGGAGUGUUUCUGGGUGUUUUGGAGUAUUUUGAGGGUGUUUAAAGGUGUUGUGGUAGUUUAAAAUAUAUUGUUAGUUUACUUUUUUUAACUUUUUAUUUUCUUAUGCAUUAUUUUAUUUCUUAUUUAUAUUGUGGUGUGUUGUUGGUGUGUCCUAACCUAACCUAACCAGCCUACCCUCUCCUAACCUCCCCUCAACCCACAGGCACUGAUUGGCGUGACAUUCAGCAUAGGCUUCACCGUCGGGCACACUGUGGGGGCUGCGUUCUCCCGCUGGGGAAGUACUGGGUGGUUCGCGGCCUCGGGUGUCUACGCACGCACUCUCACUGUGGCUAACAUAAUAUUCUUUGCUGUCUUCUUCCAGGAAUCGCUGCCUGAGGGCAGAAGGAGGAGGGACAUCGGUGCCAGUUUGACCGAGGCUUGGGAGGUGAUCAAUCCUAGGGCUCUGUUCUCCGUCAGCUGUGUCAAGGGCCUGGGCAGAGAAGCCUGGAGUUAACGCUGAUCUUCGCGACCCACCACAAGCAUAGUUACGACUCGUUGGCGCAGGACCGCAAGUUUUCCUUCCUGGGCCUGGUCAUGGCAAUUACACAGAGAGGGUUUAUGCGAAGUGUUAAGACUGGAACUGAAAAAGCAACUGCCAAUUAGUGGUUAAUGACGAUGACUCCUGCUUUCAUCCUCAUCGGGGCUAGCAAGACCAACCUGGGGCUGUACUCUGGACUGACGCUGUAUGCCAUAGGUUCCUCUAUGAUGGUGCCCUGCCUCACUGCCCUCGCCUCCUGUCACGGCACGGCCUCUCACAAGGGUACCCUGUUUGGCAUUCGGAGGUCACCAGGGGCUCUUCCAAGGGCGUUCAGACCUGUUGUGACAUCAAUAGGUUUGUUUGUGUUGUUCGAGAGUGUUUAGCUGUGUUUUGUGUGUGUUUUUUGGUGCGUUUUGAGGUGUUUUGGGGGUGUUUUUGGGUGUUUUAAGGGUGUUUUGGGUGUAUUUUUGGGUGUUUUGGGUGUUUUGGUAUGUUUGGCUGUGUUUUUGGUGUGUUUUGAGGUGUUUUGGAUGUGUUUUGGGGUGUUUUUGGGUGUUUUGGGUGUAUUUUUGGGUGUUUUGGUAUGUUUAGCUGUGUUUUUGGUGUGUUUUGGGGUGUUUUGGGUGUAUUUUAGGGUGUUUUGCUGUGUUUUGUGUGUGUUUUUGGUGUGUUUGGGGGGUGUUUUGGGGUGUUUUUGCGUGUGUUUUGUGUGUUUGGAAGUCUGAGGCUGUGUUUUUGGGUGUUUUUGGGUGUUUUGUGUGUAUUUUAGGGUGUUUUGGGUUGUUUAGCUGUGUUUUGUGUGUGUUUUUAGUGUGUUUUGGGGUGUUUUGGAUGUGUUUGUGGGUGUUUUGGGUGUUUUGGUAUGUUUGGCUGUGUUUUGGGUGUGGUUUGGAUGUGUUUGGGUGUGUUUGAGGGUGUUUUGGGGGUGUUUGGAUGUGUAUGGAUAUAUUUAAGGGUGUUUUUGGUGUGUUUGGGGGUGUAGAGGUGUGUUUGGGUUUUCAAGGGUGUUUUCAUGGUUCCAGUGAUAGUCUAAGAGGCUGUAGUGUGCAAACUCUCUUGUCAGGGUGUAAACUCACCUUACCUUAAUAAAAUGUUGAUUAAUA